AUGCUAUCGGAACAUUCACAAAAACAUCAUAAUGGCGAGGUACGUGUUGCUGUACAAACAUUAUGGACAUGGCUGCUGCCAGCGAUGGUGACUGCCAGGGUUCUUCCAAACCUCGGCGAUGGACUGGACGAACCCAUUUGCCGCACCUAUACUUUAGACGAAUUGCUUUACUUAGAUUGCUCAGAUCGUGGACUGACAGAACUACCCGACAAACUGAAUUAUGACGCGCAAGCAUUGCUUUUGUCGAACAACAACUUCGUGUCCUUUCCAGUGGAACUUUCGAAUUUUUCUCAAGUAGAAAUACUGGACUUGUCUGGAAAUCGUUUAACGAGCCCUCUCCCAACCUUUUUACGAAAGUUCCAAAAUCUACAUACCCUAAAUUUGUCUAACAACAAUUACGAUUCAUGGCUAAGCAGCGACACUGAAUACAACAUUAAAAGACUAGAUCUAUCGAAAAAUAAGAUCAACAGUAUCGACAUAAAAGCGUUCGCUAGCAUGCCGAACUUAUCUAUUCUAGAUCUAUCUGAGAACAGAAUUUAUGAUUUGCCACCAACGGUAUUUGCAGACGCUAAUAAUUUAGACAUACUAAUUUUAUCCAGAAAUUACUUCUCAGAAGUGCCUAACUUCCAGACUCAAUCUUUGAGGAGUUUAAGUUUGAGUAACUGUCAAAUUGCAAAUAUAAACGCCGGAUCACUUACGGGAAUGAGUUCUAUAUUGACAAUCGAUUUGUCCAUGAACCAAAUCGAGAGUUUACCUGACGGUAUUGUUUCAAACACUUUACAAGAAUUAGAUUUAAGUUACAAUGAAAUAAGCGUCUUGACGGAUCGCACCUUCUCCGCACUACCACAUUUGGCAGUGUUAGACCUGAGAGGAAAUGAAUUCAGAGACGUAUGGUCAACCUCACACUUCGCCUCGAACCCAUAUUUGAGGGAAGUUCACGUGAAGGGAAACCGAUGGAGUUGCGAGGGGUUCAACGUCAACCUUUUAUUGACUUAUGAGUAUUUGACAAAGGAUCCACCGAAGAUUGCGGACAGAGCGUCCCUUAUCUGCUACUCGCCAUCUAAUGUGACACAGCUGAGUUGGCAGCAAGCUUAUAUAUUGACGUGGCAUCCAAAUGAAACGUCCAUGCAGUCAUACACUAUGAUGGCAGUGUUUGUCGGUAUUAUAAUAGGCAUCGUCAUAACUUCUUGUGUUUGUAGAGGAUUAAUGUCAAUCAACAAGCCAGAAACACCGCGAGCUACCACGGAAACUAGCGGUAUAAAUGGCAUCACUACUCAACCUAGAGUUGAAAGCGUUAUCAUGAGAAUUCCUCUUACAGAAGAUCUACCACCAAGUUACGAUGAAGCGCUAUUAAUGCCACGUCUCAAUGCAUCGUUCCACUCUUUACCGGAUUUCGUAGACGAUGAAGAUACAUUCGAUCGUCAAUGUCGUAGGUCUAGAUCGAUUGGCGAUCUCACCGAGCCCAGACCAAGAGUUGGAGAGAGACGCUCUAUUAGACGAACAGUCGAAAUACGUAUAAAUUGA